AUGGAUUUCUCCUCGGCUCGCCUGGCUAUCUUGAAGGUGCUGGAGGGUGCGCGCGCGGAGGAGGUGCCCCGCCUCCUGCGCUGGAUGAGUACGACCAAUGACUUCGAUGAAUUUAGAUCCACUAAUGACGAGGUUCUUCUCAGAAGUAUUGCUGAAGAUCUUCGACAUUUUUUGCCCGCUGACGCAAUGCUUGGUUCUGAGCACUUUGCCAUUCAAAAACUGCAUCAGCAAACAAAGCCCACUGUGCAUGUUGAUGCAUUCCUUUAUGAUGAUGAAAUUAUUGAUUCCUUAUGUGAAGAAGGAAAGAUGAGCAGAAACUACUGCCUAACUUGUGGUUCUCAUCAGACAGCACCAUUAGAAUUCAUUUCCCAUUCAUUGUCCCUCAUGGAACUGAAAUUCCUCUACCGGCAUGUUCUACCUGAUUUGACAGGGAAAGUUGUGGUUGAUGUUGGCUCCAGGCUUGGUGCAGUGCUGUUUGGGGGCUACUUUUACAGCUCAGCAUCUCAGAUCUAUGGCGUUGAAAUGAAUGCAGAUUUUUGCCACUUGCAAGAAGUUAUUGUUGCCAAAUACCAACUUGAUGAAAGAAUAAAGGUGCUUAAUGCAGACAUACGUACUCAGGCUUCACUUCUUCAGAAUGCUGAUGUCAUUGUAAUGAAUAAUGUCUUUGAAUAUUUCCUUGACAAAGAGGAACAGGCCAGAUCCUGGGAAUUUAUCAAUCAAAAUGUAAAAAAGAAAGGAUCAUUAUUAGUCACUGUCCCAAGUCUUGAGGAAUCUUUAUCAAAUCUUCAGGUGGACAUUCAGCUCAGCCAGUGGGUAGAAGCAAUGCCCUUACUCUAUGAUGUCUUCUUGGAGGAAGAUGCUGAUAGAGAAGCACUGAAACAAAUUUACUUGUAUAAGAUUCUGUAAUAUAAAAACUGACUCAGAUUAUAGAGUUGUGG